CACAGUGCGCAUGUGUAGACAGUGAUCUGUGCUGCGGUGGAAGAGGGGCUGGAGACACACAACUAUAGAGAUGGCGCGGCACCCGACCGGAGCGCAAGGACAGCUGGUUGGCGGUGGGGGGGCUUGAAUUAUAAAAGGGAAUUAAAAAUAAAAUAAUAAUUUUAAAAAAACAACAACAAAAAUAUCAAGGAAAAAAAGGAUUCGGAGAAGGAGUUUUCAUUCUGCAAAACAGCGUCAGAGGUAGGAGAAUAUUUGUGAAUAUAAGGACAAGAGAGCAAAGGAGGCUGCUGCAAGAAGAAGAAAAAAAAAAGCAACAAAAGAAAAUUGAACUUUACUGGACGUGAGGACUUCUGGACGCCAGCUAACUGCGGUAAAUCAGAUAGAUGGUUUGUCCAGAGCGCUGCCCGGAUCAUGAACGCACAGCUGUCGAUGGAGAAUAUUGGCGACAUGCACGGAGUGAGCCAUGAGUCCGUGGCCGGUCACGGGGAGCUGCUGAGUGGCCACAGUCCGCAUGCCCGUCCGAGCCCCCGGGGUCUAAGCCACCGCGCUAUGGGCAUGGCAACCCUCCUGGACAGCGGAGACUAUCACCACGGACACCACGGACACCUGCAUCCAGCCAUCAGCAUGUGUGAAGCCCCCCCAGGCAUGAGUGCAAGCAGCACUUACACCACCCUAACCCCCCUGCAGCCCUUACCCCCCAUCUCCACCGUGUCCGACAAGUUUCCUCCCCAUCAUCACCACCACCACCACCACCAUCCCCAUCAUCCUCACCAUCAUCCCCACCAGAGGAUCCCCGGAAAUGUCAGCGGCAGCUUCACGUUAAUGCGAGAGGACCGGAGUCUGGCGCCUAUGAACAGUCUGUAUCCCGCAUAUCAUCACAAAGAUCCCUGCAUGGGCCAGAGCCUCUCCCCGUUGUCUGGUUCCGGUCUGGCCAGCAUACACACGUCCCAGGCCGGCAUCCCUCCCUACGCUCACCCCGGUGCCGCCAUGCCUGGUGAGAAGAUGCUCACCCCCAGCGGGUUUGAGGCUCACCACCCGGCCAUGCUCGGUAGACACACGGAGCAGCACAUGAGCUCCUCAGCGGGCAUGGUACAAAUCAACGGCCUCCACCACCACCCGCACGCACACCUUGGCGCGCAGGGGCACGGCCAGGGGCUAGGGAACAGCCGGGAGCAGGCCUCCGGGCCCGGGCAGCAAGGGGGAGAGGGUGGUGUUUCUGGGGGCCAGAUGGAGGAGGUGAAUACCAAAGAGGUGGCGCAAAGGAUCACCACGGAGCUGAAGCGCUACAGCAUCCCUCAGGCCAUCUUUGCCCAGCGGGUCCUGUGCAGGUCCCAGGGGACCCUGUCCGACCUGCUGAGAAACCCCAAACCCUGGUCCAAGCUCAAAUCCGGUAGAGAGACCUUCCGCCGCAUGUGGAAAUGGCUGCAGGAGCCUGAGUUCCAACGCAUGAGUGCGCUCAGGCUCGCAGGUGAGCGAAGCCUCGCAUGUAAGCGCAAGGAACAGGACCACGGCAGAAGCGAGCGGGGGAGUGUGUCUAAGAAGCCCCGGCUGGUGUUCACAGAUGUGCAGCGGCGGACGCUCCACGCCAUCUUCAAGGAGAACAAGCGUCCAUCCAAAGAGCUACAGAUCACCAUCGCCCAGCAGCUGGGCCUCGAGCUGGCCACGGUCAGCAACUUCUUUAUGAACGCACGUCGCCGGAGCCUAGAUAAGUGGGUGGACGAUGGCUCCGGUCACCCAGCCAACUCUGGCCCCAACGCCUGCACCAAAGCCUGAAGAAAGACUGAUUUGACCAACUCAUGGACUGACUCAACCUCGGUGGAAAAGCUUUAAAACUUAAGAGAAACAAAGAGAAACUUAAAAAGACCUUGAAGCAACGUUUUGCCCUUAAACCUGUACUAUAUUGAUAUUUAUAGUAUCCAAAGAUGAAAAAACAAACCAAAGACUUCUUGUUUGACCUGCUUUGAAAUGUUUGUUUCAGCAACACAUUUACGUGUAACAUACUGCAAAAAGACUAUAGUUUUACCCCCCUUCACACACACACUCACUGUCACUGGUCUCUAGCUUUACUACACCCCACACCUCCCCACCCAGUAUCAAGCUAUCAUUCACCAUCCUUAUCUUUAAUCUGAUUGGUUGGUUUUAAUGAUGGGUCCCUAAAUGGAGGUUUAAUCAGCCUAUUGGCAGUCUGUUUUGCAGCUGUCCACACCCUUGAAAAACAGCCAGAAUGUGGAGCUCCGGUGGGAUUGGCCAAUCAACUUUAAAGACAAAAAAAUCCUACAGGAGCGACUGGAUUGUUGUGAAACCUUGUUUGAAACGGUGGCCGUGGACUGUCUGACUAUCUGUCUGUCUGUCCAGCUCUCUGUCUUUCUAUCAAGCAUUCCAGACAGACGGGGAGAUGCCCAUGCGUAGACUGCUAACCCAAAACCAAAUAUCCCAACCCUGAACCAAACCAAAAACCCCAACCCUCAACCCACAUGGUAGUGCUUUCUUCCAACAUGCUGAAGCGUUGAAUAAUUUAAACAAGAGAAACCAAAGCCUUCCACACCCUGAAGCCUCUCAUGCAGUUUAGAAAUAAAUCCACUUCAGAACCUGAUAUGAAGUAAUUUGACCAAAGAGUAUUUUUUGUAGCUGAUAAUCCUAAGACUGUUUGUACCUCAUUUCCUCCCUUACCUCCUGAGACAGACUGUUAGUUAGGCGUCACAAAGAAGAGAAUGUCACAGCUUUUGUUCCAUACUACAUUUUGUGUCAUAUGUUCCUUGCAAGUGGAAAUAUUAUAUGACACGACCCUGAAAAUUAACUAUUAACAUUUGCCUUAUAAGAUGCCUUUUUGAAUCAAACUAAAUGUUCCAGUUAGGCCUAUAGCUUCACAGAGUCUGGACAAUGUUCCUGCAAAUGCUCAUUGUGAAGAUGAAUCAUUACAGAAACAUCCUUUCCUGUAAUUCUGUUUAGAUAAUUCCUCCAGAUCUCGUUCAAGUUCAUGUGUUCAAAUACCAGCAGCUGGCAAACAAAGACUAAUCCAUUCAGUCGUGUGUUUUCUAUGCAAAGGUGAAAACAAAAGCUGGCUCUCAUGCUGUAUGUCCAUGACACAGUGAGAGAGACAGACAGCCUCUGAUGGGUGUUUUUUUUAGGACAUACUGUGUCACCACUCUAAUAAUAAGCAUCAGCGUCCCCGUGUGCUUCAUGCGUAUUUGAUUUUAUCUCCUCAUCAAAGAUGUUGGGUGGAGGGGAUGAUAUCAAUGUUCAAAUCACUUUCAGGCGCUCGCACAGCAAUGUCACCUCGUCACCUGAAUACAGAAGCACCCCACCCUGCCUGUUGCCAAUACCCAGAGCACCCAACCCCACCCCUCCCAUCCUGCUCUCCCGGUAAGCUAUGCAUUUCAGCACUAGGAGGAAAGCACUACACAGAGCUGGCCCAGGGCAGCCUAUCAUUAAAUAUAUUGAGCUGGCCCCUUGCCGUCAUCCUCCUCAUGGCCAGGGUUAGCAGCUCUACAUUCAUCAGAACAAGCGCUGAAGGAGAGGCGAGAGGGAGCUGCUUCUUCACCUCUGAAAGAAAAAAACAAAAAGAAGACAAGAAACAAAAAUGUGUCAAGACCUGCUGGUGUUUUAUAGUGUGAACCAAAGAUGCUACCUCACUCAAGUUCCAUACGUGAUUUCUAUCACUUUGAUGAUACCAAAGAUAACCAAAGAUUUUUUGUCAUUGCACGGCCUCUAUGAGUGGUGUUAAAAGAUGUUGUAUGUCUCCCCUUCCCCCGCCUCCUCUCUUUCUCUCUCUCUCUCUCUCUCUCUCUCUCUCUCUCUCUCUCUCUCUCUCUCUCUUCCUUUUUUGUCCCCUUUCUCCCCCUCCCACCUGCACUCAACCCAUGCACCCCUGCUUUGUGUGCUCUUGCUUCAUCUGUGCUCUGAUUACAGCUCCAUAGAUAGUCAUGCUGAUGUAGCUAUAGGCAGAUAUGCUGAUCUAGCCAUAGAUACACACAAGCGGCCAUGUAGGUGCCCGCGGGGUACAGAGGACUCGCUAGCCAUGUGAUCAGUCUUUCUUUUUGCUUGGUAGCAGUACCAAAGUACAAAAUGUAAAAGCUGACAUUGUGGCUACAUAAAAAAUAUGAUUAUAACAUGAUUCAUUUCAAAACAACCUAUGUGAAUGUGACGGAGUACCCCGCUGGAGUGUCUUUUUUUGCAGCUUUUUUUCUACUCCUCCCUCUUAGUGUGUAUCUAUAGGUUGAGAUUAUUGAUCCACCAAAUAGGUCAGACGUCUUUGCAUGAUAAUAGGCAGACAAGCUGACAUAGCCAUGGGGAGAAUUGUUGACUCAACUAUAGGCAGACAUGUUCCUGAAAGUAGAAGCAGACGUGUUGCAAUCUUUCUAAAACUCCCAGGACGAGUGCCUUGCUUGAACCAAAGUGUUAUACCGCUGUUGACCUCUCACCUUUGACUCUGUGAAUACCUCAGCCUGUAGAAGGGCCACUACUGAAGAAACAAGGAAAAGUUUUUUUUUUUAAUCACACCGUGGUGCUUUCGCCAGCGCAACCAUGCAAUGAAAACAUACCAAAGGAAUUUCUCUUGUCCACUUCUACAGAUUAAACCAAAGGUCUUUGUUUUCUCCUCUCCCCUGCCCCCUUUUACCCCUCCAUCCCUCCUUCCCCUAACCUUCCAUGUCUCUCUGCUGUGUGUAGGAAGGUUCAGCACUCUGGCCGUGCAUGUCUUUACCAAUGUCUCUGAAUACCUCAUAGUAAUAAUUCCUUUGAGUUCUGCAUUGAGACGUCUAUCUGUGAGUAAGGCAGAACUUUACUCGUGUGGUAACUGUUAUUGUUACUUCAAAAAGCUGUAUGAUUAUCUAUUUUGAAGUUGUUGUUUUUUUUUUGGCAGAAGUGCUCUGUUUCAAGUCACGGAGGACAAGUUUCAGGGUUGAUGUUUGAAACUUAAGGGAUGGAGGGAGAAACGUAUUUUUUAUCAGACAUAGGGUUAUGCCAAUAUUAUGAUGGUAGACUAUUGCUUUUACAGGGUAAAACCAACUGCUGUGAUAUUGUGUUCAUAUUUUCCAUUUUCUCUACUUCCGUGUUGUGAUUUUAAUUUAAUUGCAUUUUUGUAAUGGUUAACCACUGCUUUAAUUUAUGCAUUUGUAGAAACUCUAGAUUUGUAUAUAGUAGGUUUUUGAAAAACAAACAAACAAAAAAGACAGUCUUAUGUUACAGCCUUAUUUCCCAUGCUUAGAUAUAAAAAGGAGUAGUUUGUAUUCUUCUUCAGCUAAAUCCUAGCCGGCAUUUCAAUGUGUUUUAAACACUGCCAGAAACCCAGACAGUUGAUUUGCCAAUGCAGACAAAGUUAUACAGGAGCUACUUUGUUGAACAGCUGGCAAAAAGCAGUGUGUACGUGUAUGUGUUUUUAAUAUUCUUUUGACUUUUUAAAAAAAAAACGGUUAUUUUAUGGGUAUUACUGCACAUCCAAAGAUUUUUAAAACAAACCAAAAAUUGGGAAAAAAAAAUAUGUAUAACGUUGAAAAGCACUGGUAUUUGUGAGGUAGACUUGUUGAGUUUUGAUUUGCCAUUCGCACGGGUAUAGAAUGUAGAAGGCGUAGAGCUAUGUAGACAAGCUUACUCUACCAUGUUGGGAAUCUCCUGUUCAAUGUACAAUCUGAAGCAUUUGAAACGAGGGCUGCAAGUCCUGCUCACUUUGCUGUCUCAUGCACAGAGUGAGGUGGAGUGGAGGCUGGGCAGCCGGUCUGCCAGGGGCUGUGCCACGGAGCUGGGUCUGUUUUUAUUGCUGUGGCACUGCCGCCUCGCUCCAUCUAGUAUAUGUUCUUUUGGUACGUACUCGUGUAAUGACUAUGAGCAAAGUCUAAUAAAACUGCAAAGAAUCUUA